GCUGGUGCUAUAUCAGCGCUUGUGUUCAUGACUGUACUCUCCGCGGCUUUCGGAUGGGUGGCCACGGUCAUACCGAGGGUAUACACGCAUUAUAUCAGUGCUGCCCUCUUCGCGAUCUUCGGUCUGAAGAUGCUGAGGGACGGGUGGAAGAUGGACCCCAAUGAAGGUCAAGAGGAAUUAGAAGAGGUGCAGAGUGAGUUAAAGAGAAGGGAAGAUCAGGACGAAAAAGAAGAAACUCUAGAUAUGUUAGAGCAGGGUCAAGCGGAGAACAGAAGGAGAAAGAGGAAUGCGAUAAUAAAGGUGCUGUUGCAAGCUGCAUCGCUGACAUUCCUUGCGGAGUGGGGCGACAGGUCCCAGCUGGCGACUGUCGUGCUGGCGACAAGAGAGAACGCGGUAGGAGUUGUGGUGGGUGGGUCGCUGGGACACGCGCUGUGCACUGGCCUGGCAGUGAUAGGGGGGAGAAUGGUGGCGCAGAAGAUCUCAGUAAGAACUGUUACAAUAAUUGGAGGCAUAGUGUUUCUGUUCUUCGCGGUGAGUGCUUUAAUUAUCGGCCCCGGUGAAUAGAUGGACAACUAAAUGUAUAUUUAUUUUAUUUUUAAGUGAAUUUUUGUUUUAAUGUACUGUGUUUUAAAAAAAUUCAACUUACCUUUAUUUGGAAUUUAUGAUGUUCAUAACGACAGAUGAUAUCAGAUUUUGAAUCUUCUACAUAAAUUAUUUAACUGACAAAAAAUCGUAGAAUAUUCUCGAAUCUUUAACAUUUUUAGAAUGAAAUUCACAGAUGAAAGAUUUUUUAAAGUCCGCCGAGUAGUUUUUCCGUGAAUCAUAUACAUGCAAAAAUCCAAAUAUACAAGUCUUUCCUCUUUAUAAUAUUAGUAUAGAUAUAAAAUUACUCACAUAUAAAUGUUAUUUUUUAAUAAUCGGCAGUAACACAUUAAAUAUUAAAAUAAUUAUGAGAUUUGUAUCAUGGUUAUAAAGUGUAUAGAUGUAUUAUUUGUAUGAGUGUUGUAAAAAAAACAAUGUUUUGUAUUGAUAUUAAGACUCAUUCAUUCAAGUCCAAAACUCGAUGUCUAAAAUUUCUGUUGGCUCUUAGACUACAUUUCAAUUUUUUUCAAUUAAAAAUUCACACCGUCAAUUAAAAUACGACUGAAACUGUACAGAUAUAAUGACAAAUAUAAAAUAAUAUGCCAAAUACAAAUUAAAUAAAUAAAAUGUGACAAUGGUUUCGUAAACCAUAUA